AUGCGGCUCAAGCGGGUGCGGGCGAGCGCCCGGCGCCUCCACGCGCUUCUGAUCAAGCCCCGGAAGCGCGACGAGAGCUUCCGGCGCUGGGUCGGGCGCAACCUCGACAAGUCUAUCCUUGGCGCCACGAUUGACCUCUUCCAAGCCUUUCUCGGACUCAUCGUCACGGGUCUCUAUGGCCAUAAAAACUGGAUUGGCUGGAACAACACCCCCGACGCGGCCGAGCUGCGCUAUUUCCACGCCGUCAUUGGGUCGGUCUUCCUCUUUGAUUAUUGCCUUCGAUUCUUUGCGGCCGACAACCGCCAGUCGUAUGUGCUGGCGCCGCUCGCCAUCAUGGACUUUCUCGCGAUCUUUCCGCAGUUUACCGAGCUCGUCUUCUCGGAGGCAUACCACAAUGCGCACAUUCUCUGGUUUGGCGCGGUUCGGACGCUGCGGCCGUUCCGGUGCCUUUGCUUCUUCCGGCUCGUGUCUUUUGCCUCGACAGCCAAGCAGCGCGAGUCGCUCCUGCUUCUUAUCACCGUCACGUGCAUCAUCAUUUGCUUUGGGGGCAUGCAACAGGCCAUCGAGGCGUGCCCGUGCAGUGCGCUCGGCGCCAACUGUACACCGGCCACGCGCGCCGUGCAAGCCGCCCACUGCCAAAACCUAACGUUCUACAACGCCAUCUACUUUGUGGUCAUUACAACCGCAACGCUCGGGUUACGUUUUGGAUGUCAUACAUGUAGUCUAUAUGACGGUUGGUAUAGGUCGGGCGACAUUGCUCCCAAAUCGCAGAUGGGCCGUCUCGCGGUGAUCAUCCUCAUCAUUGCGUCCAGUUUGCUGCUGCCACUUCAAAUCUCAACGCUGAGCGACGUUCUCAACCGAGAGACCGAGUACGACAAGGCGUUUACCGAGCGCAAGGAGAAGCACCCGCAUGUCCUUAUUUGCGGCGACGUCAACUCGGGCGCGUUGGAUUUCUUUCUGCGGCAGUUUCUGCACCCGACCAACAUGAACUGGAAAGACAAGGUCGUGAUCCUAUCGCCGACCCUGCCAUCGAGCAACCUCAAACGUAUUUUGCUCAACGGCGCCUACGAGCAACGGGUCAAGUACCUGCAAGGCUCGGCGAUGCUCGACUCGGACCUCCAGCGCGCCAGUGCGUCGACUGCGCGGCUUUGCUUUGUCUUGGCCAACAAACUCGCACCCGACGCCGACCAGAGCGACACAGGGUCCAACUUUAUCACGAUCUCGCUCCGGCACCAUAGCAAGCGCGUCCCUAUUUUCGUCCAAGUGCUCAAGUCGGACAAUGUCAAGCACGUCUCGCUCUCGGGCGCCGACAACAUUUUGUGCGUCGACCAGCUCAAGCUCGGGAUCUUGGCAAAGUCGUGCUUGAUGCCGGGCACAGCGGCCUUGAUCUGUAGCGUUCUCUUUACGCUACGGCCGUUGAUGGUCGACCAACGGGACGGGUCGUGGGCCGCCGAAUUUCUCUCGGGCUGCAGUCAACACUUGCACGAAGUGCACUUGCCCGUGUACUUGGACCGGCUCGUGUCGUUCGAGCUGUUUGCUCACGUCUUGUACCAUGAAUACCACAUGGUUUCUUUGGGCGGCUGCGGUGGGGACGGCUCGUAUUUUUUGUUUACACCGUCGCGGGUUCUCGGCGCCGACAUGGUGCUCUACGUCCUCUCGUCCGACCUGGAUGUCGCGCCAACGGUAGCCGGGCUCUCGUUGACGACGCUGCAAAAGUACAAGGCGCGAUUGCCCAACUUUGACAAGAUCACUCAGGCGUGGAAUCGCACGACAUUUACGACCAAACUAAGGACAGCGGCCCGUGCGUCAAGGGCCUCGUUCAGCACGUCGUUUAAAGCGUCCGUGUCCCGCGUCGGGUCGCUCUCCAAUAUCCUUCGCCCGGGCAUGAAUAGCGCCAAGCCCGAGCCGAGUGCCAAGUCCCGAGUUAACUCGCGCGUUAGCCCCGUCUUGCCCUACUCGUUUGUCGACGACGAGACGCCGGACGCGCCCACCAGUGAGGUUCAUUCGGCCCCCGAGGAUGACGCGCUGGCCCCCGAGAAUGACGUGCCGCCGUCCUCGCCAUCGCACGAAUCGGGCGCGUGUCCAUUUUUGCCCACGGCGCUGGUGCGUCACGUAGUGCUCUGCGGUAUGCCGCACUCGCUCCACGACUUUGUUGCGCCGCUGCGUCAAGAGCGGGGGAUGGCCCCCGGCCUCGGGGGGACGCACCAUUUGAGCAACGUCCCGAUCGUCGUGAUUGCGCUCAGUCGCAUGACGCCCAAGGAGCACGCGGCGAUCGCGGUUUACUCGAACGUGUUUUUUGUGCAAGGAUCGCCACUCUCGCUACCGACGCUCUUACGCGCUCGCGUGCACACGAGCAAGAGUGUCGUGAUUCUCCGCUCGUGCGGCACGACAGUCCGCAACAGCAGCGACCUCAUUGACCAAAACCUCGUCGAUAUGGACGCGAUCACGGUGCAUCGGUUCAUUUCGGAUGUCUGCGCCAUGCACACACCCUCCGGAAUGCCUCGUCCCAUGAUCCUUAUUGAGCUCAGUCGACCGAACAGUCUUCGGUUCCUGAGCGAUGACAGCGGCGCUGUGGAUAAUGACGAGAGAGCGUCGAUGAAGCGACUGACGCAACUAGUUAUUUCCCGCGCCGACGAUCCGCUCGACAACAUUUGCCACCCACUGUAUGCCUCCGGGCAUGUCUUUAUCGCCAACGCGUUGGACGCGCUCAUGGGCAACUGCAACAAGUACGGCAGCGUGAUUGAUCUCGUUCAUUUGCUCGUGCUUGGCGACGACGCGACCGGCGCGUCGUGUGCACUCGACCAGAUCGACGUACCACGGACGCUGUGGGGCCGGCCGUAUAUCGCGGCGUUCGAAGCGCUGUUGACGCACCACGGCGUACUCUGUCUUGGCGUGUACCGCGUGCGCGGAGACAAGGCCAAUUUUGUGCAUGUCAACCCACCCCCCGACGUUGUCCUCAACGCCCACGACAAACUAUUUGUCCUUCACUAAUAACUUAUUCAACUACAAAAUUAUGA